AUGGCAUCAACAAAAUUCUCACUCGAGCAAGCGAGCAAUGCUAUUAGGGACACCGGCUUCUAUUAUGAGAUAGAUCCAGAGUUGGAGACGCCCCUGUCAGAAAUGGGACCGAAGAGCUGCCUAUCCGCAGAAGGUUUGGAGUUUUACAGACGCCAUGUUUUGAGAGACAAGCGCGCAAGAUCAAUCCUCGAGUCCUUCUUCCCUUUGUGCAGUCUUGCCCGAUACCGGAAAUUCCACAGUGAUGCAGGCCACAUCUUCCAGUUCAGAGGCGGGGGAGAGAAGGCGGGCCGACAUGUCCUGGUCAUACAACUAUGGGGUGAUGGAUCGCAAGUGACUUUUUUUGAUCGUUCUCACAUAUACGAGCUUCCGGGUGUUCAUGCCUCUAAUGGAUUGUGGGAGAUACCUUUUGCUGCCUUGGAAUCCUUAGGCUGUGGUGACGGCUCGGAAAUAUUUUUUGAGCACGGUGGCCUAAGUAUACAGGACGCCCGCGUGGCGUUCGAAAUUAAGAAAGGCACCCCGAUUGCGACUGUUUUUGCGACACGCGAUGUCAUCACGAGAUGGGCGAAAGUGGUUCUCCCAAGCACGCCGCAGAUCACAGAGAAGAUCGCCGAAUUGCAAAGAGAAAGCCCAAAAAUUGGAUAUCACUUUGAACUGGGUCCCCCCAUUCCCAACGACCCAUCCUCUUGCGCAAAGUAA